UGAGCCGGCCGGAGGGAGAUGGCGGUUGCACCGUCCGGCCGCCUCUGUGCCCUGCCAGGGCUCGGCGUUCGCGCCCGCCUCCGGGCCUCAGGCGGCGGUUGCGAGCCCCGGUACAGCGGCGCGAGGCGGCAGCCGCCGUAGCGCCGCGCGGGCGGGAGAUGCCGAAGCUGCGCGGGGAGGCUUUCUGGCGGGAGACGCUGCGGAGCGCCCACUACGUGGUGGCGCCCAUGGUGGACCAGAGCGAGCUGGCCUGGAGGCUGUUGAGCCGCCGCCACGGUGCCCAGCUCUGCUACACGCCGAUGCUGCAUGCCCAGGUCUUCCUCAGGGACGCCAACUACCGCCGCGAGAACCUCUACGGCGAGGCCUGUCCCGAGGACCGCCCGCUCAUCGUGCAGUUCUGUGCCAAUGACCCUGAAGUGUUUGUCCAAGCAGCACUGUUGGCUCAGGAUUAUUGUGAUGCCAUAGACCUAAAUUUGGGUUGUCCCCAGAUGAUUGCAAAGAGAGGUCACUAUGGAGCAUUUCUGCAAGAGGAAUGGGAUCUUCUCCAGAGAAUGAUUUUGCUGGCUAACGAGAAGCUCUCUGUUCCCAUCACAUGCAAAAUCCGUGUUUUCCCAGAAAUUGACAAGACAGUGAAGUAUGCACAGAUGCUGGAGAAAGCUGGCUGCCAGCUGCUGACUGUCCAUGGCCGUACUAAAGAACAGAAGGGACCACUUGCUGGUGUGGCAUCCUGGGAGCACAUUCAAGCUGUCAGGAAAGCCGUGAGCAUUCCUGUGUUUGCAAAUGGAAACAUCCAGUGUCUCAGUGAUGUGGAAGAAUGUAUCCGUAAGACAGGAGUGCAUGGUGUCAUGACUGCAGGUAAAGAAAAUGAGCUUUUACUGUUAAUAGAAGGUAAUCUUCAUAAUCCAGCUUUGUUUGAGGGCCGAAACCCACUGGUGUGGGAGAUGGCUGAGGAGUAUCUGGAGAUAGUGCAGAAGUACCCUUGUCCACUGUCUUAUGUUAGGGCUCAUCUCUUCAAGCUCUGGCAUCACACGCUUCAAGUUUACCAGCAGCUGCGUGAAGAAUUAGCAAAAGUGAAGACUCUAGAGGGAAUUGUAGAUGUCAACAGGGAGUUGAAGCUACGAUGCCAGGAAGAAAUAGCUAAUCAGAAAGAAGGAGAAAAGCCAAAAGAAGGGUUACCUUUUUUCCACUGGAUCUGUCAGCCGUACAUCAGGCCGGGGCCAAAGGAGAGAUGCAAGGAGAAUGGAACCAGGGGGACUGAAAAAGGUGUGCGAGGGAAACGUGCUCUGGAAGAGGAUGAAGAUGGAAAUUCUGAGCUUCUAUCAAAGAAUAAGCAAAAAAAGAAGUUAAGAAAUCCAAAUAAAAGCUUUGAUCCAUCUUUAAAACCCAAAUACGCAAAAUGUGAUCAAUGUGGGAACCCUAAGGGCAAUAAAUGUGUGUUUAACAUGUGCCGUGGCUGCUGUAAGAAAAGAGCAUUCAAAGAAACAGCAGACUGUCCUGGUCACGGGUUGCUUUUUAAGACCAAGUAUGAGAAAUCCCUUUUGUGGCAGAGCAGUCAAACAGGAAUUCAGAACCCAGAGAUCAGUCAGAGAGAUGUGGAUUUUGGGGAGACAGCUGUACUGAAGGAGGCUGAUGACACCGCAUCGUGAAGCAUUGGAAAUGAAUAAUAAAAGAGCUUCUGAAAGGCCUUCGCUUCCCUGGGCCAAAGAAACUGCCAUCUCUAGAGCACUGUCAGCUCUGUGAACUUGUUCCACAGGUUUAUUUUAAGUUCUGGACACAUUUAUUUAAUUAAAACUCUGCUUACUCAGGGAAUUUUCCUGCAUUUGAAAUAAAAAGGAUGCAAUUAAAUUUCU